AUGGCCAAAAUUGCAAAUAUUCCCGUCAUUGACAUUUCCGGAGACGACCAGGCUCGGGUGGCCAAGGACUUGGUCGAGGCCGCCAUUGAACAUGGCUUUGUCUACAUCAAAAACACGGGACAGGAUAUUCCUGUCGCGGCGAUAGAUGGGGCAUUCGAGAUCUCUAAGAAGCUCUUCGAGGCGCCCCUGAGCGAGAAGCAAGCAUGCACAAUCCAGAAAAACAACCGAGGGUGGUCGGGAAUGAACUCCGAGACUCUUGACCCCGCAAACCAGCGUGUAGGCGACUUCAAGGAAGCCUUCAACUUCGGCGACUUCCUCGCCCACAAAGCCCAACAACCCCUCCCCCCAACCCUCACCGCCCCCGACGAAGCAGCCAUCAGCGCCUUCCGCGACCUCUGCUACCACCUCUCGCUCAAGCUCCUCCACCUCCUCGGCACCGGUCUCGCCGUAACCCCACCAACCUUCUUCACCUCGGCGCACGAGCGCGCCCGCGGCGCCUCGGGCACCAUCCUCCGCUUCCUGCGCUACCCGCCGCGCAGCGCCCUCCCCCUGCCCUCAAAGGUAGGGGAAGGGGAAGAGGAGGAUGACGACGUACGCGCGGGCGCGCACUCGGAUUACGGGUCGCUGACGUUGUUGUUCCGCCUGCGCGGGCAGCCCGGGCUGGAGGUGCUGCGCGCGGACGGGCGGACGUGGGCGCCCGUGGCGGUGACGCCGCCGGGCACGGAGGGGGAUGCGGCGCCGCCGGUGCUGGUGAAUAUUGGGGAUUUGUUGGCGUAUUGGACGGGGGGGCUGUUAAGGAGUACGGUGCAUCGGGUUGUUUUUCCGGCGGCAGCAACGGAGGGAGGUGGGGAUGCUGAGGGUGGGGUGGCGACUGGGGGGGUGGUGACUGGGGAGGGGGAAGGGGCGGCGACGAGGUACUCGAUUGCGUAUUUUUGUCAUCCGUUUGGGGGGGCCGAGUUGGGGCCGGUGCCGAGUGAGCGGGUGAGGGGGUAUAAGGGGGGUUUGGCGCAGGGGAAUCCGUACGCGGAGAGGAGGGUGAUGACGGCGGAUGAGCAUUUGAUGAUGAGAUUGAAGGCGAGCUAUGCACAGCUAUACGAGGAGAAAGAGAAGGAGGAGGCGUGAUGCUGUUCGGCUAGCGAUAGCGCGGGUUGUUUUACGACAGUUUUGAUACUCGAAUGCAAACACGCUAAAUCAACUCCUAUUUCGUGACGGGCAAAAAAACCCAACAGGAAAAACAAGCGGGAUAAAACGUGGAAAAGGGAAAAGAAAUCACAAAAAGCUCACGGGCUACCUCCGUAGCCGGUUACGAAAACCCCGUAGGGUUUUACUUCGGACUCGAACUGGC